UAGUAUCAUUUUGUAAACUGAUUUUCUAUAUCGGCGCUUAGCACGUGUAGUAGGCACGUUGCUGGAAUUUUGUUAUUUAAAACGUUAAAUUGCACAGCUCACCUAUGGUUCCGAAUGAAAAAAGUUUCCCCCGAGGUGGGACAAUCCACGCCGAAGCCAAAACCGCCGACAUCAGCUCAAAUAUCGUUUUUGGUGCGUCGCAGAAGAAGACGAAAAAGGCUCCGAAAAUAAAAGAAAACUUCCUGAAUGACCUUACCGAGGAACAGAAUGACCAGCUGGAGGCCUUCUCCGCGGAAACGCUUAACCUGGACACGCUGCAGGAGGACAUGCUGGUCAUGGGAGUCGUCAAGGAGACAAGCGCCACCGCGCUGCACGUCGCCCUGCCCGGUCGGAUGUUCGCCCGCACCCUGGUGGCGGACAUAUCCGAGGCAUACACACGCGUGGCCAAGGCGGCCAUGUCCGGGGACACCAGCGAAUACCACGAUCUCACCGAGCUCUUUCAGGUGGGCCGAAUCGUCUACGGCAAAGCUAUUAAAACAGAGAAGCUGGGCAGCAGCCGGGUUAGCCUGUUGCUCUCCCUCAAGCCGGCCGACGUCCAUGGCGGUCUGCAUCACAAGAGCAUCAAGAAGGGAUUCAUCUUCUCCGGUGCCGUGGCGGAGAUCCAGGAGCACGGCUAUGUCAUUGAGACGGGCGUGCAGGGACUGCAGGCCUUUGUGGCCUGCGAGGAGCCGGUGCAGACCCUCAACGUUGGCCAACUGGCUUUCUUGAAGGUCAAAAAGGUUCAGCACGAUGCCCACCAGAGCACCUGCACAUGUGUCCAGGUGGAGCAGGACCAGCUACGCAUCAAGAGUCAGAACGAGACAAAUCUCGACUAUAUCUUGCCGGGCAGCAUCGUCAGGUUCAAGGUGGCCAAGCUACUGAAGGAUGGCCUCAAGGGCAGCAUCAUGAACGAAUCAUUCAGCGCCUAUAUCAACGAGCAUCAUCUUGCAAACGCCCUGGACACCUUGGAUGCCUACGAGCUGAAUGAGGAUUACAAUGCUAGGGUGCUUUAUGUGAUGCCUCUCACCAAACUGGUGUACUUAACACUUAAUCUGGAUAUCAAAGCGGGAGAAGAAGUGGCAAAGGAUGAAGACGAACAGGAGGAAGAGCCCCUCAAAGUAGGCUCCGUGGUGGAAAAGGCCAAGGUUUUACGACUGGGCAGCGGUGGAGUGGUGCUGCUGCUCAACAAGAAGCUGAAGGGCAUCAUUUCCUACGGUUCCAUCAGGGCCAACUUCAAGGGCAACUACGACAAGGACGAAGUGUUGUCCAAAUACGGACGCAAGACUAAGCACAAGGUGCGCAUCCUGGGCUACGACGUAAUCGAAUCAAUGUACUACUGCUCUGACGACCCCAACGUGGUCAAUGAGAAGCUCUACUGCCUGGAGGACAUAAAUCCCGGUGACUUGGUCACAGCGAAGAUUUUCAAGAAGGACGACAAGAUCAAAGGCUGGUCGGUGAAAAUCGGAAAAGUCAAUGGCAUUCUGGAACAGUUUUACCUGGCACCCAAUGUGCGCUACGAUGUGGGUCAAUCGCUGAGGUGCCGAGUUCUCGAGGUGAACUCCGAUCGGAAGGUCUGCUAUUUAAGCAAUCGCAACGAGUAUUUGGCCAAGGGAUUGAAACUGCUUAACGAUUAUUCGGCCGCCCACGUGGGCAACGUCUAUACAGGCACUGUGGUUCGAUGUGAAGACAAUUAUGUACUCGUUAAGUUCGGCAGUGGCAUCAAGGGAGUCCUGCACAGGCAGAACUUAAAGGAACAGAGCUCCUUUUUCGAGGGACAGACUGCAAAGUUUCGCAUUCUGAGUCGCAAUAAAGACCAAAUCACUUUGACCCUGCCGGAGGACAAGUUCCAGCUGGGCGAGAUCUGUCCCGUUGAGAUAACCAAUGCCUUGGACGCCGGACUGGAAAUUAAAAUCACCUUUGCCGCCGAGGAUGACGAUGAGGAUGAGGAGGGAAACUCGAAUGUGGAGGAAUACGUAGGCCUAAUCCCGCUGCGACUGCUUUCGGAUCACCUAGAGCUGCUGCACGCCCAAAUGCGUGUGCAUCCCGUGGGUUCCCACACCGAGGCAGCCUGCAUUAUGCAGAACAUCUUCAGCUUACGCGAUGUUCCCUACUUCAGUGGCCAACUUACCAAGGACUGGCAGUCGGUCCAAGUGGGAGACAUAAUUCGUUCUUACGUGAAGCACGCCACCGAACAGGUGGUUGAUCUAAUGGUGUCCGUUCGAAACUACAACAAGCCAGUUAAGGUUCAUGUGAAGAUGCUGCGUCUGAAUGCCGUUAAAAAUGCACCUGUAGAGCUGGUUCCGGAGCAGCUGCUGUUGGUAAAGGUGCUCAGUAAGGAGGCGGAAACCAAGACUCUUACUGUGUCCGCUAAGCUCACCGAUGUAUGGAGCGGGGAUCUUAGUGAUUCUGCCAAAUUGGUCGAGAGCUAUCUGGACGAAGUUGCUCAGAUAAAGACAGCACUGCAAGAAACCGCUGCCCCAAUUGCAAAAUACUCCGUUGGCGACAAAAUCAGUGUGGUGUUCAAGGGCAUUGAUGCGGCUUCCCAUGAUUGGGUGUACACUGUGGAAGGCAGUACCAAAGUUUCCGCUCUGCUGCUCUCCAGUCUGGCAGGAACUGCAAAAGCUCCCGAAGCGGGCACCAAGCACCAGGCGAUCAUUCUGUGGGUCGAUUAUUCCAGCGAAGUGCUGCUCAUUAGCAACAAAAAACUGGACAUUGCGCAUAUUUCACCUAGCGGAGAACUUCCCACGAAUCUAAUCGGGAAGGCUGGCAUGAAAGCCAAGGUGCUGUUGAAACUGGAGUCUGUAGUGGUAUGCUCACUAAAGAAGGGCACAAACCCGUUGGUAAUCUGUCCGAUUCGCUUGCAUCCCAACGAUGUGGAGAACUCUGGAAGCGCGGAGCUUCGGCAGGGAGAUUUCUGUAACUUGGCUUUUAUUCAUGACAAAGUUCCGAUCGCUGUGCCCGAGAAUGUGUGGCGUCUCUGGCGGGGAGUAAAAAGAUCAGCAACAGCAGAGGAAACCCAAGUGAAAGCAAAGAAGUCCAAAAUUGAAGAACCGCCCAAGCAGAAGAAAUCUAGUAUUGAAGAUGCUUCAACGAAGAAGAAAGCCAAGGCGGAGGUCACAACCACCAAGCGAAAGGCUGAAGGGGCAGAAAAAAUCACAAAUGGGCUAAAGAAGCCUCAGCCCUUGACUAAUGGCGUAGUAAAGGAAAAGUCGAAGCAAAAUGGCAAGCUUUUCUUUGAGGAUAAAACUCCAGCUAAGAAUGCAAAGUCCGAAACACCAAAACAAAACGCAACCGAAACCAAGACCCGCUUACCCGGUGUGUCUAGUUUUUGGGAGAACGAUCUAAGCCAGUCAAAGGAAGCUUCCAGCGACGAAGAUGAGGAAAAGGACGCAGCGGAAACCCAGCAAAAUUCAGCCAAAAAGAAACGACUGAGUGCCAAGGAAAAGGCCAAGGCAGAGGUCAAGGAGGAACAGCGACUGAGAGAGAUUGAGGAGCGCAAUGCCGAUCCCAAGGCACGUCUCGAGACAAUCGAUCAAUACGAGCGGCUGGUGAUUGCCCAGCCAAACAACAGCAUUUCCUGGCUGAAGUACAUUGCGUUCCUGCUGUCCAACACAGAGAUUGAAAAGGCUCGUGAUCUGGCCCGAAGAGCCAUUUCAACGAUUUCCUUCCGGGAAACCCAGGAGCUGAGAAACAUGUGGAGCGCCUUGCUCAACAUGGAGCUUGUCUACAGCAACAAUUUCGACGAGGUGCUUAAGGAAGCAUUGAAUUGCAACGAUCCUUUGGAAACCUACAUAAGUGUCGUCGACAUCCUUAAGAAGAAUAAGAAAAAGGAACGGCUCACCUCCGUGCUGACCACACUCCUUAAUAAGUUUAAGGCGGAGCUUAGGGUGUGGCCCUUGGCCGCCGAAGCCUACUUCUGGCUGGGCAAGUCCGACCAGGUCCACAAUCUUCUCCAGCGUGCUCUGAGAGGGCUGCCAAAUCAAGAUCACAUCAACUGCAUUGUGUCUUUCGCCAAGCUGUAUGCGAAGAACGAAAACAAUGAAAUGGCUCAGACUUUGCUCGAUGAUGUGGUUACUUCUUAUCCCAAGCGAAUCGACAUUUGGUCGGUAUAUGUAGACAUGCUGAUCAAGGCGGGAUUAAUCGAUUCUGCGAGAAACGUUUUAGAGCGAGCCGUUUUGCAGAAACUGAAGCCCAACAAGAUGCAAGUCAUCUACAAGAAGUAUCUGCAACUGGAGGAGAACCACGGCUCGGAUGCAACCGUGGCCAAGGUCAAGCAGCAGGCGGAACAGUGGGUAAAGAACUACGCCAAGGCGGUGAAGUAGUGUCAUCCCUUCCACAUUUAAUAUAUCAUAAGAUAGGAUUAACGUCAAAAAGUUACAUACAGUGUGUUUUCAUGAUACUUUAUUCUAAAACUAUUUUAAAUGAAGUGUGAUUCCGAGUGCUACCUUUUAAAUAUAUAUGUAUGAUAGUACCUAUAUAUUAUAGAAAUACAUAUAAAACCUUGAUUUGGCCUUGCUCCCUACACAUAGAAUGUAGGGAAUGACGCCAUUUAUGAACUUAAGACUUGAACAAUAA